CCCGCCCAUCGCUCCCCCGUCCACCCAUUCAACAUACCUCUCGGUCGCUCAACUCACAUACAGACACAUUACUACACACUCACCCUGAUUCCAAGGCGACACUUGUGCAAAUCUUGUCCCAUCCUGCGUGGAAAACAAGGCGACUCCGAAAGACUGGCCGAUACGAGCGAUUCCACCCCGACCGCGACAUCCACAUCCACGUCCACACCCAUCAUCACCUCUUUCCAUUAACCACCAACCGUCAACAUCAUCAACCAUGGCUGACGACAACGCCACCUCGCAACCCCCCGUUGACGAGACGCCCAUCUCUCGCCCGCCCGGCGAGCGCAAGAACUCGCUCGAGAAUCACCUCCAACACCGUCCCAACCGCGCCGAGCUAAUUGAGAAAAACAUUCUGCCCGCGUCCAACGCCGCGCCCAGCUUGAUCGCCCAUCAGAAGGAGCUCGAGAAGCACAUGCGCGCAGACUCGCUCAACGAUAAGAUCUCGCACCGCCCGGCUCCCGAGGAACUCAUCAAGGAGGGCGUGCUCAAGGAAGAUCCGCGCAGCGCCGAGGACAAGUACGCCGAGGCCAUCGAGGACGAGUACGCCAAGCGCGAGGGGGGUGCGUAGAUCGCUGUCUGUGCCGGAAGCCUCGUGUCCAUGCCUGCGUAAAGGUGCCGUCGAGGCGACCGAAACAACGGAUCGAGGGCGAAAGCGCGGGGGAUCAUGUACGAUUAUGGAUGGCCUGAACAGCACUUGCAGUCCGGGAUCUCGAUGGACGAGGAGGCAUUCCUUGAUGAAUUAUGAACAGCAGAAACAGAGAUGAGAAAGGAAACAAGGAGGUUUGGUGGAUGGCCGAGGACCGGAUGCGCAAUCGUGUUUCCUCGUUCUACUUGGCUACUGCUUACUUCUGGAAACGACCAGGAACGAAAGCACUGCUGCAAAACGACAGCCCUGUUUUCCAUUCAGCCCUUGUUGUGAUGAAAUAGGGAACGCACCCUUUAGUCUGGGUCCCCUCUUGGACUGCAUAACAUGUGAAAUGGUCCCAUGAACCGGCCAGGCCACUCCAUGACCUCAUGUUUUCCCCACGACGCUCUCCUUCAUGACGCCGAGGCCUGCGAGGCCUACGAAGAGUCGGGGCAAAUGUCUCAGACCACGCGGUCUGCCUGGCCCGGGCUUUCUCGUAAGCCUCACUGCCAGAUCCGCAAACCUCCGCCCCCCGCCAUUCCCCAUCCAUCCUCAUGCCCUCGUCCUUCCGUUGCCCUGAAUCCGCAGUCGCCAGUCAACAAAAGGCCGCCCCUCGCUGGACGAAUCCGCUCCCAACUGCAUCACACACACCUCCCGCCGCCCCUUGCAUGCGACAGGCCCUCCAUCUUGCAGGGAGGUAGCCAACACCCCCCGACCUCCGGGCGAAUCACCGUCAUUGUUUGUCCUGUGCCGGUCUCCCCCCGUUGCAUAAACACAAGAGGGGGCCCUUUCAAUCUGUGCUCUUUCUGCAGUGAGACCCUGUUGGAUUGGGGGGGUUUCCCCCCCCUCCCUCCCUUUCCCCAUUUCUCCAAGGGUCUCCACCAUCACCGGGGAAGAAAUUCCUCAACCGUCGUCUCACUCCUUAUUUCUUUUUUUGGCGGUUUCCCAAAAUUAAUACUGUCUGGCAUUCCAACUUCUUGAAGAAGGAGGAAAAAGAACUUGGGGUUGGAAAAAAAGUCAAUUCUCGUUGAUGGCGAUAGUUAAACUUGCUUCUUGGAGAAAGUAAAUAACUUGCUUCUUGGAGAAAGUAAAUAGAGUCACAAUAGAUCCAGAGUAACAUCCGAUCCAAAGGAAAAAAAUAGACUAGACAUGGCACGAGGUUACCAUUCUAUCGCUUUGCCAUGUAACCCACGCCCCCCUUCCUCGUCCAUAAAUCUAUCCGUCGUACAAGUUUCUUGUCCUCGAUCCCGUCAUCGUCCCAAGUUCCAAUCCAGUCCGCCGUCCAAUCAUGGUGAUACAGUAUCCUGUACAGGUGUGCGCUUAUCCCAGUCGCUAU